AUGGCGGUGCAGGGGGCGUGGCCGGCGCGGGGGGCGGAGCUCUCGGACAGCAGCCCCGAGCCCCCCUCCCCCUCCAGCUCCCGGCCCCCCCUGUCCGACUCCAGCCCCUCCCCCACCGAGACCACGCCCACCUCGCGGGGGCGGGGCACAGGGGGCGGGGCCAGGGCUCGCCCCGCCCCUCCUGCCCCGCCCGGGCUGGGGGGGGAGCGACCCCUGGCGCUGUUCGAGGAGGAGCUGGCCACGCGGCCGCGGGUGCCGGCGCUGCUGCGCAGGAUCGCCCCGUACAGCGCCCUGAGCCCGGACAGCGACAGCGGCACCGCCCCGCGCCGGGCCCUGGGGACGCUGCUGGGCGUGGCAGCCCCGUCGCUGCAGUCGCUGCUGGGGCUGGUGCUGCUGCUGCGCCUGCCCUGGGUCGUGGGACACGGCGGCGUGCUGGGGACAGCGGCCAUCGGCGUGCUGCUGGGGGCCUGCAUGCUGCUGACCGCCGUGUCCCUGAGCGCCGUGGCCACCAACGGGCUGGACCCUGGGGGCGGGGCGCUGGCGCUGCUGUCGGGGGCACUGGGCCCCGAGGCCGGAGGGGCCGUGGGGGUCUGCGGGUUCCUGAGCGCCGCCUUCACCGCGGCCGCGGCUGCGCUGGGCGGGGCCGAGGUGCUGCUGGUGUACCUGGCCCCGGGCUGGGCGGUGCUGCCGGGCCGCGGCCGCUGGGGCCGCCUCAACAACGGGCGCGGCUUCGGGGCGGGGCUGCUGGCGCUGCUGGGGGCGGGGUCUCUGGCCCCGCCCCGCGCGCGCGCCCUGGCCGCGCCCCUGGGCCCCGCGGGGCUGCUGCUGGCGCUGCUGGCGCUGCAGGCGGGGUCCCUGCGCCACGCCCUGCCCGCCGACCCCGCCCGCGCGCUGUGCCUCCCCCCCCGCCCCGGGGACCCCCUCCGGCCCUGCGCCCCCCCCGCGCCCCCCAACGCCUCCCGCGGUCCUCCCGGCCACCAGGGGGCGCUGCCCGCGCUGCCCGGGCCCAGCGCGGGGCUGCUGGCACGGAACCUGUGGCCCCGCCCCCAGGAGGCGGCGCUGGGGGCGGGGCCGGAGCAGGAGGAGGGCGGGGCCGACGCCUCCUUCGGGGCCCUGCUGGGGCUGAGCCUCCCCUCGGCCUCCGGGGUGCUGUGGGGGUGCAGCCGCUGCUCGGAGCUCGGGGACGUCGCUCGCUCGGUGCCGGCCGGGAGCCUGGGGGCAGCUGCGGCCACGGCGCUGGGAUACCUGAGCGCGGCGCUGCUGCUGGGGGCCGGCGUGGAGGGACAGCUGCUGCGGGACAAGUUCGGAGCGGCCCUGGGCGGUGUCCCCGUGCUGGCCGCUGUCGCCUGGCCGUGGCCGUGGCUGCCGGUGCUGGGGGCGCUGCUCUCGGCGGUGGGGGCGGGGCUGCAGGCGCUGCUCGGGGGGUCGCGGCUGCUGCGGGGGCUGGCGCGGACCCGGGCGCUGCCGCUGCCGCACGCGCUGUCCCGGGGCCGGCUGUGGCCGCUGGUGGCCACCUUGGUGACAGCGACGCUGGGGGUGCUGCUGGGCUCGCUGGACCUGCUGGCGCCGGUGCUGUCCGUGUGCGUGUCCCCGCCCCUGACGUCACGGCCGCCGCGCUGA